UACCUUUGCAAUUGCAUGCAACAACUGCAAACUGCAAUUCUCCUAGAUAACUCGUUCCUUUUUAAUUUAGCUAGUUUCAAAUAUGGUGGUCGAUCAUGGCCUCCGCCCGGCUUCCGUCUUACCACUGCUUCUGCUCUUUACUUUCUCACUUAUGAGCUCCGAAAAAAUGGUUGUGGGGGCUCGCUUUCUUCUGGAGACUUCCUUGCCUCAAGUGCCGGAGCUUCCGAAGCCUGAGCUGCCACCACUUCCCAAUUUCCCGUCGCUGCCAAAGCCUGAGCUGCCGCCAUUGCCUAAACCCGAAUUGCCAAAGUUUCCAAAGGCUGAGCUGCCACAUGAGCUUCCAAAGCCUGAGCUGCCUCGGCUACCUAAAGCCGAAAAUGCCCCAAAGUCUGAAGGCUCCAAGUUGGCUGAAGUACCCCAUGUUCCAACCUUGCCCGAGGUGCCUCAGCUUCCAAAGCCUGAAUUGUCACCACUUCCCAAUUUCCCGACUUUUCCGAAGCCUGAGCUGCCACCAUUGCCUAAGCCUGAAUUGCCAACUCUCCCCCAUCUUCCAGCUGAGCUACCAAUGCCUACACUGCCUUCCAUCCCAACCCUCCCCAAGGGCACACCCAUCCCUUCACUCGCCCCACCUGAACACAAAUCCACCCUUCCCUGAAUCUUACAUUGGGAGGUUAAUUGACUUGUCUCGUAAUUUAUUUAUCUAUAUCUCAGCUGGUUAUAUAUUACGUCCAUCCGUACAGAUGGAUUAUACUUGUGUAUCUUUCUAAUCUUUAUAUAUGGUAUCUUGAGUUUCUUUCUGAUAAUGUACGUGACUACUGAUAUUAUUUGAAGAGUAUAUGUAUGUUAAUGUUAUUCUUAUAUGAGCUUCUUGUUCUU